AUGUUUACACCAAGAAUUGAAGAGGAUGAAACUGUUAAUAACUAUUUAGAUCUAAUCUAUGAGCCUUUGGUAUUAGAGGAUAAUUUAGAAAAUGAUGAUAACAGUGAUUCAAUAGCAUGCAUGUUACAAUUUAGACAAUGGAUGAAAAAUACCCAUGGUUAUAGUCGUGGUUGA